GUUACCAUUCUCCAGCCGUACGCUGUAUGUGCAGACGCGAAACACAACAUUGAUUGUAAAAUCUGCAUUUCAGGUUUACGUGUAGUGCUAUUAAUAAAACGAAAAUGUUGGAUAGAAGCGCCAUGAUGAGACACGCGAGGUGCGGUUGUAUCCCCGUAGAAACGGCAACCUUCAUUUUUGGAAUAUUUAGCUCUGUUAUAUCCGGCUUCGGGACUUUGGUCGUCGCCACCGGCAAAGCCUGGUACGAGCCCGUCACAGGGGACGAGACUUUCAACCAGUUCUGGGACCCCGACCCCGAGACCCUCCGCAUGACUGUGGGAGACCGGGUGUAUAACCAAAGGCUGGUGGACUACUCAGCGGCGAUGGCGGCCUUGAUAUUAUGCUUCGUUUGCUGUGUGAUGUCCUUUGUCUUCUCUGUGUUCCUGUGCUAUGGGACUAACAAGAGGCAACCAGGUUUCGUGAAGGCUUACCUAGUGUACGGUGUGGUGGUGACCGUCCUCAUGAUGGCCGGAGCUGUCCUGUACUCCUGGCUCAUGGAAGAAAUUAUUGUGGGUUCCAUCAUCCUCAUUUCUUGCGGUGUGUACUCCAUGGUCCUCCUGAUGGUCCAGCGCACAUACGAACUCCUCCGAGUCGAGCAGACCCGCAACUCUGCCCAACUGCUGUGCCCCGAGCCUGGCAUGAAAUCUUAAACACAUUACACCGGAUAAAACAUAUAUGAUUCAUUCUCAAUGUAAUUCAAUGUUAAUGUAAUUCAAUAUUCAUGUAAUACAAUGUUAAUGUAAUUCAAUAUUAAUGUAAUAGACUCGUAAAAUCAUGAAAUUGAAAAGUGAAGAGGCUUUAAAAUUUGGAUGGAGAAAUGGAUAAACUAAUUAAUUAAUAAGAUUGGUCACUAAAAUAUGUAUAACAUCUUUCCAAAAUUAAACUUACUACUACUACUAGUACUCCUCUGGCGCAGCUACCGUAAACUGGGGUUACUUAGAUCAUCAAUUUUGAAGCACAAGCAGUUGAUUUUUGUUGAGUUUAAGAAUUUUAUGAUGUAGUUGGCAACCUUAAUAGAAAUACAUGAUAAAGGUGUUCAGAAACCAACUCCUUACAGUUUAUAAAUCAAUGAUCAAGGUUACCCCACGAAUCAAAGGAACCCCAGUUUACGGUACCCAAAGUGUGUUUUGGCCUUCAACACGACUGCUCGCCACCUAAAUAUUAUUAAAUAAAACUUACAAAAUUAAAUUGAAUUUAUAAACUGAAAUGAUUGACUGAAACAUUUAUAUAGUAGUGUGACUACUUAAAAAACACAAUUCAAAAUAUUUAAUAAAAUCAUUUGAUUUGUUCCCAAAGUUGUGUUUAAAUUGAAUAAUGAAUUUCUUUGGUAAAUUAUUAAAGGGUGACAAAUACAUAAACUUUGGUGACAAGAAAUAAAAUUACCAUUUAUAUAAGCAUCCAAAUUAUCACUGAAAAUGUAUGACGAUUCAACUUGAAAAUUCCUUUCCGCUUCAGUUGUUUUGGGAGAAAAAUUUACUGUAUAUUUUGUAAGAAAAAUAUUUUUAUAUUAAUUAAAGAAACUAAUCAUGCUUUGGCACAAUCGUGUGAUAAAAAAAUAAAUUGAAACAGUUGCACAAAUUUGAGAUGUUAUACUAUAUUUUAAGCAUAUCUGUUUGCUAUUAGUAUGUGUUAAUUAAUGAUAUUAAAUAUUUAAUUGACAUACAUAAAAUUAUAAAAAAAAAAUAUGAAUUAACCUAUUAAACAUAUUA